CUUGCCGCCUCGAUUUUGGAAAUCAUGAGCCCGGAGGUGGCAGCACUGUGCAUCCUGCUCACGACUUGUUCCGGUCUCUCUGUGACUGUGGAUGAGAAAGUCCAAGAUAUCAUCGAAAUCGAGCGAAACGACACUGAAGAAUACGACUACACCCAGGACGAUGAUUACGGCGGAGUCCUGGGGGAGGAGAUGGUCGGGCCUUGUGCAGACUUCAAACUCGGCGAGGACGACCUGAUGGCCUACGACUUCAUCCGCAAGUUCCAUCUGGACACCCCGGUUCUGCAGAUGCCUGGAGUGACCAGAGUACGAGGAUCCAACAGAGUCCAAGUGGCUUACAGAUUAGAUAGGGACUCUGAUCUCGUACUACCUACGAGAGAAAUCUUCCCGUUUGGCCUCCCACGGCAGUUUUCCUUCAUAUGCACCUUCAGGGCUCGCAAGGUGGCCAAGAGCUCCUGGCACAUCCUGCGAGUCACCGACCUUCUUCAGCGACCGCAGUUCCUGGUCACCCUCAACCCUCGCAGGGAGGCGGUGGAAUUCUCCAUCGUAGACUUCAAUGGAGACUUGCAGACCUUGGUGUUCACCAAGACUCAGAUCUUUGACAAGAACUGGCACAAGAUCCACUUCGGCGUGUUCGCAGACAGAGUUGUUCUCUACAUAGACUGUGGUCUGCUUAGCACCGAGACGUUGUUACCUAGAGGGCCUAUCGACGUCAACGGCAACAUCAGCGUGGCCAAACAGGCCAACUCUAGGCAUACGGUGCCGGUGGAUCUUCAAUGGAUGCUGCUCAGUUGUGACCCAACGCGGCCCACCCGAGAAACUUGCGAUGAGCUUCCGCAAUUCCAAGUUCGGCCAUCGACAACUAUCGUUACCGGCACCGCUCGUCCUUGCGAUACGGUGUGCCCAGCGGGACCUCCGGGGCUUAAUGGUACAGAGGGCAAGAGAGGUCCCCAAGGACCAAGAGGAGAGAUGGGACUACCAGGAUUUCCCGGAAGAGAUGGAUCACCAGGAAUCAGAGGACCUACUGGAGUUCCGGGUUAUCCUGGUCCUUCUGGACCUCCCGGACCUCCUGGAAUAUCUGGGAUACCGGGAUUGCCUGGACCCAAAGGUAACAUUGGCGAGCCAGGAUAUCCGGGAUUGAAGGGAGAUAGAGGAGAGCCUGGAUUGUCAGGAGCUCUUUUGGGUGGAGGAGCAGCACUCUCUGGACCACCGGGAUCUCCUGGACUUCCGGGUGCUAAAGGGGAACCUGGACCAACAGGGAUUCCUGGACUUCGGGGAGAAAAGGGGGAAAGAGGAGAAGAAGGACCACAGGGGCCGCCUGGUUUGCCAGAGACAGUUUCAAGUAUAGAGGGCAACUUUACUGGAUUCCCAGGACAAAUGGGACUACCCGGACCCAGGGGUGCUCAAGGGGAACCGGGAGAAAUAGGGGAACCUGGUCUUCCUGGUGUAAAAGGAGAAAGAGGAGAAACAGGACCUCGAGGGGAACCUGAGGAAAGAGGCAUUCCUGGUGAAAGAGGUUUGGAUGGUACUCCAGGAGAGAAGGGAGAGAUGGGAUAUCCCGGACCUACAGGUCCUGUAGGACCCACAGGGGCAACAGGACUUGCGGGUCCUUCAGGGCCUCCAGGAGUUCCUGGAGCUCAAGGCGAACCUGGACCACCAGGAAUAGAUGGAACUCCUGGAAUUCCCGGAUCGGCUGCUGCAGCGGGAGAUCCUGGACCACCUGGAGUAGCAGGGCCUCCUGGGAAACAAGGACUUGAGGGGCCUCCUGGAUUGAGAGGGGAGAGAGGGGAGCCGGGAACACCAGGAAUACCAGGAAGUGACGGACUGCCUGGGCUUGUAGGAGAGAUGGGCCCAGCAGGCGAAAGAGGUGAUCCUGGACUUCGAGGAGCUGUGGGACCUAUGGGUCCCCAAGGACUACCUGGACCUGAAGGACCUCCUGGUCCUGAAGGAGGGAAAGGAGAGACAGGACUUACAGGAGACCAGGGACCUGUAGGACCUAGAGGACUGCCUGGGGUAAUGGGAUCCCCUGGACUGCCUGGUGCUCCAGGGUCUGUUGGUGCUCCGGGUGUGGAAGGCAGACCCGGACCACCCGGACCCCAGGGACUCCCAGGCCCCCCUGGUGACUCUACUGGAGUCUCCUACACCAGCGAGGGAGGCACAGGGACCCCUGGUGUGAUGGGUGCUAGAGGUUCACCAGGACCACCGGGCAUGCCCGGAGAGAGGGGGGCAGCAGGAGAAAGAGGUCCUGAAGGAGCUCCGGGACUUCCUGGAGUACCAGGUAAAGAAGGGCCCCCAGGCAUACCCGGGCCCCCAGGACAAAGGGGCCAGCCAGGCCUGAAUGGACUACAAGGUGCCCCGGGGAGAAGUUACACGGAGGCUGAAAUCAGAGAUAUUUGCGCAACAGUGCUUAGAGAGAGAAUAUCUGAGCUAACAGACGGGUUGGUAGGGCCACCCGGACCCCCGGGACUAGGAAGUCCGGGAAAACCAGGACCUAAAGGGAUUCAAGGGAUUCCAGGAGAUGCUGGACAACCCGGAUUGCCAGGAGAGAGGGGAUUCCCCGGAAUGCCGGGACCUCCAGGACCAACGGGGCCAGAAGGAAGCCGAGGGGAGAAAGGAGACAAGGGGGAGAGAGGACCGGAGGGGGUCGGAUUGGAAGGUCCUGCCGGUCCUAGAGGACCUCCUGGACCUUCAGGACCCCAAGGAAUAGGACUUCCCGGAAGACCGGGAGAUAGGGGAGAACCUGGAAGAACUGGGGUUCCCGGAACAAGAGGUCCUCCAGGAUCUCAGGGACCACCGGGGUUUUGUGAAUUCUGUAACUAUCCAGGAGGAAACUACGCCCAGUCAAUAGCUUCUCGGCCUGGCAGCACCCAGAAAGGACCAUAGACAAACAACCUGCCUCCAUCAGUGAUAGUUUACAGAAAUGCCUUACGUCGUGAUGUUACAAGAUAAUACUCCUGAUGAGUAAAAUUUACUUUGGUAUUCCAAAAACCAAUUAAUAAUCUAGGUUUACAAUAUUUACAGUUCUCAGCAUACUGUAUAAAGUCCUAAGUACCCAGAACUUUUGAGAAAACUACAAGUCACACCCCCAUAAACCAUAUACUUAAAAUGUUCGUCAUGACGAGAAACCUUGCGCAAAACUAUCCAUUAUUUCAUAAAUUGUCCUUUAAGGUCGUAAUUGCUUUAUAAAGGGAACUUUCCAAAAAUACCUCAGCUGUACUUAUAUUUGUAUGUUAUUCUUUCAAUUUAUUACCUUCAGGAGUGAUUAUUUGUUUGUAUUACUGUAUUCUGUUUUGUUUAUUUCAGCUUAACUUAACCAAUCAAUAGUUUUAUUAAUACUUAUGAAGUCAAACGGGGUGAAGCCGGUGGAAAACAGCUAGUUUUAAUGAAGUAAUUGUGUUAGACAAAUUUGUGC